ACCGUAACCUUCCACGGCCACGAGCGUACGAUAUACUAUUAUACUGCAUCCCGUCACCACAUCGCCGCCGCCGCCGCCGAUCGGAGGCACUAUCACCGUCGAGCGGGAAAAACGGUCGGCCUUUUCGCGCGCUUCGCCGCCGCCGCCGCCGCCGUUGACGCGCGGCGGCGGUGUCUGUGGCGGGGCGGGACGGAGAACCAGUGCGCUCAAGCUCGCCCCCUCAACCUCUCCUAACCCAACUCCGGCUAUACGCGCCUCCCUCCUCCCUUACCCACACACACACACACACACUCGGUGUCCUCACAAACCACCCGCAGAGGACCACGGUGUCGAGCAGCUGCUGUCGAGCGCGCGAUAGUGUGUCUCUCCAGCUCGCGGCACGCGGUCUUUUUCCGGUCACCGGUACUACCCGGUCGUCGUCGUCGUCGUCGAACAUCUCCUCGUCAGUGAACGUAUCCGCGCACUUGUGUGUGUGUGUGUGUGAACUUAACUUCGGCGUGGACACGCGCUCACCACCGGUAUUUGUUCCGACCAACACCAUUCAUGGCGUCCACAAAUACACCUCCCGAAAUUCCACCGCGAAGACACAGCUCAACCGUUUCACCAAACAAGAUUAUUAAUCAAAAUUCUGAUGCAGAGUCUAAGACAAAACCCCCUCCUUUUCUAUCACGGAGACAUUCAUCUUGUAUUGACCAUAAUAUGGAUAGUGAAACUGACACUGCAUUAUAUUCGGCCACUCCAUUGACAGUGGUGCCUUCGAUCCCAGCAAGACGAAACCCUGGACCGCCUGUGAUAGGUCCCAGGCCAGCCCAAUACAAGUUGCCUCCACCACCACGUGCGACAAAUAUCUACGCGGGAGAUCCACCGAUUGACCGGCAAACCAUUAGAGGAUGCAUUGAAGACCAUCCCAAAGACGUGGUCGUUGUCCAACAGCAGCCACACCAACCACAACAACCGCAACAACCGCAACAACCGCAACCGCAACCGCCACAACAACCACAGCAGCAAUCGCAACCACAACAACAACCGCAUCUGCGCGCCAGAAGAUUUAAAGUACCACCGCCUAUAAAAUGCAUUUCCGAACCGCUGGACGGUGGUAGCCGCGAGAGUUACGAGAUGAUGACACCCGCCAUGACCAUGUCACCCAAUAGACAGGACAGCGGUCAUUGGAGUGACUCGUUCAGCGUCAACUCGUCGCCCGGCUACUCUACCAAAAGCAUGGAAACCCCUCUACUGUCAUCACAUGCCAAAUUGAUACCAUCCAGAUCUAACAAGAAACGCUUCAUACUAGACAGGUAUGUGGUGUGCGAUCAGUGGAAUGGUCGGGCUAGGUUUUCACCGGCUAACAGCGGCCCGAUAAGCUCCAGCAGCACAGCCGAGCUGACCAAGAGUCAUUCGACGCCAGCCAGCCUGCAAGCAGUAGUAGAAUUUAAUGAAAACUCACCUAACUCGUUGCAACACCGGGUAUUGGGGACUGAAGCCAUUGAUGUCACUGAAGUAUUUAUUCGGCUGCAAAGGCGGCAAGUGGUAUACAACAUCGCUAUCCUGAUAUUUAUUACAGUGCUUUUGAUAUGUUUUGUACGAGUGGGCUUGCCAAGCAGUGGUGACGGUCAAGUGUCCGUAAGCAAAACGGCAUCGACUAUCAUGCGAAACACAAACGCUGUGGCCUCCGCAGUCGACUUCAAUAAUAGCGGUUUGCCAUUCAAGACCAUUUCCGUUGACGCUGACCUUUCGUCGGCGCAUGUUGCCACCACCGAUCCGUCAUCAAACAUGACAGCUUUUGCUCCGAAAAAAAAUUACGUUCCGAUCAUUCUACCGAAUCCUCCGACGGUUGAAGAUAUGUACGACGUUGCCAUUUUCAAUCCUAUGUAUCCCAUCGUCAACUAUCCCAAAAGCACUUGCCUACCGUCUUUUUGUCAAAACGUCACAUCCACCUUACCACAGUACCUGUACAAUAUACCUUACAAGACAGAAUACGAUCCCAGAGAGUUGAUAGCACUGGAGUCUGUGGUAAAUGUCCGUUGCUACGAGUUGACGGCACUGUACUUUUGUGCACUUCUUGCGUCCAAAGGCUGUGGAGACCGCAAAUUGAAGCCUUGUCAGUCGCUUUGUAAAGAGACGAUUCGAAGCUGUGGCUUCUUUUUUGACAUAUUCGAAGCGUACCACGAACACCGAGACUGCACACAGUUUCCAAACGAUAGUAACAACCCGAACACGUAUUGCAUCGGACACCGGGAAGUAGUCAACGUCAGAAAAAUGAAGCAAAGAGGACUUUGUCAUGAAGGUUUUAGAUGUGACAAAAAGAGAUGUAUUCCAAUGGAUUGGAAAUGUGAUGGGCAUUUUGAUUGUGAAGAUCACAGCGACGAAUUGAAAUGUUCACAAUGCCCAGAUCAAUUAUUUUGCGGCGCUGGAAAAUGUAUAGCUGUAGAGCACAUUUGCAACGGCGUAUUCGACUGCGAAUGGGGACAAGACGAACGGAAUUGCGUGCGACUUAGUGGCGAGAUGGGAGUAAUCGGUGAAGGGAUGCUGGAGCUUUAUUCGCCGAACACGACGUCUUGGAGACCCGCGUGCAUUCAAAGCUGGGAUUCAGAACUGUCGGCCACCAUAAUUUGCAACAUACUCGGAUACAAAUUGUCUUCUAGAAGCAUGCUCGGCGAAAACAACAAGCUUUUGGCCUCUGUUAAGUACAACCAAUCAAAAGAGUACUAUGACGAAAACAAAAUGACCGUAUACAGAGAAAUCCGAUAUUGUCCUGAUACGUACUUGUAUCCAUCUAUAAGUCUCUUAUGCUCCAAUUUUGAGUGCGGUGUCAGGCGGAGACCGCAAACCAUAUUCCGCAAAACAAGGAUUGUGGGCGGAAGACCAUCACUGCCUGGUGACUGGCCGUUUUUAGCCGCAAUCCUCGGCGGCCCGGACGAGAUAUUUUACUGUGCUGGAGUGUUAAUAGCCGAACAAUGGGUUCUGACCGCAGCUCACUGUACUGGAGGGAGGAAAAUCUUGGGUGACCUUUCAGAGUGGACCAUACAACUGGGCAUGACGAGGAGACAUUCCCAUUCGUUUUUCGGUAGAAAAGUGAAAGUGGAAAAAAUUAUAAGACACGAGAAAUACAACAACGGGCCCGUUCAGCACGACCAUGAUAUCGCACUUUUCAAGCUCAGCGAAAAAUUAACAUUUCACGAGUUUUUACUUCCGGUGUGCUUACCACCACCAAAUAUGGUUUUGAAAGCAAAUAUUAGCUGUACAGUCAUCGGAUGGGGCAGACGCAAUGGUCUAGAAGGAGCUGAUUACGAACCUACAGUAAAUGAAGUUCAAGUUCCUGUACUGGACAGAGAUUUAUGUAAUAUGUGGCUAAAACAAAAGGACGUUAACAUCACAGAGGGAAUGAUAUGCGCCGGAUACGAGCAGGGCGGCAAGGAUGCGUGUCAGGGUGACUCGGGAGGUCCAUUACUGUGCCCGAUGGAAGGAUACAAAGACCGGUGGUUCGUGGGCGGCAUUGUCAGUUGGGGCGUGGAAUGCGCGACACCCAGCCUGCCAGGUGUGUACGUCAACGUGCCAAUGUACACGGAAUGGAUCAAGAACAACAUUCAUGCCGACCAGUUUUUUUCGUCGACAGACGACGAUUACUGAACGUGAUUUUCCACGAGCACGACGCGAUCGGUUUUCAUCCCUUCGUCGUUCCAAUUCCUAUGCACCCUUAUCGUCAAACGUACACUUUAAGCUGCAAUUUUCUGCAUUGUUAUCUGCAGUGGUUGUGGUCUUUGGGUUCCCCUUACUGGUAAAUCAAAUAUCAACGAAAAACAGUAAAGUAUAAUAAUACCAGCUUAAUAUAUUAGUAGUACAAUUUCAACUUAUACCGUAAACACGGUCGUAUUCUCAUUUAGGUACCAUUGAUAUUAUGAACGUAACAUAAUGUUACUAUGUACAAUUUUCAAUGAUAUUUUUACAAUGAUUUUUUGUGAUUUCCAUCAGUCAAUUGAUUCAAUCGGAGGAAUAAUAUGUAAAAACAAUAUUAUCUUUUAACUUUUCAUAAUGACAUGUAAAAUGGCUACCGUAACAUGAUAAUCAAUUAAUAUAUUUUGUAAAACGCCACGAAAAACUUCACGACUUAUGUAAUGUUUGGUAAAAUUUUAACGCUGUAUGCAUUUAGUCUAAUAUUUAAAAUAAAUUCUUUCUGAAACGAUAAGUGCCUAUACAUUUCAAUCGAAAUGUUGGACUUUUGCAUACUGUAAACUACGACAGUCAAUGGCGCUGAAUAUCAUACACGGAAACAAUAUUUCGGAAUUUUUCAAACGAUAUAUUUUCUCAUUAAUAUUAACGGAGCUUAUAAUAUUUGAAUUUUUUAAUUUGCUCUACUUAUACCAUAUAACAUGAAGCAUUCGUUGAUACGAUAUUUUCACACGUAUCAUCACUGUCGGCACAUCAUAUUAGUUUAAAUAUCCGACAAAUGACUUAAAACUAAAACUUUUAUAGGAAGUGUACAGCAUUGUAUACGUUUAAACAAUAUGGCACGUACAAUCAUAGUUAUCCGUCCAACAGUAUAACUCCUGAUUUAUCUUAUGGUUUUAUUAAAAUGUGUUAACAAAUAUAAUAUAGUGUAGUUAUACUCUAACACUGUCCAACUUUUUAAAACCAAAAUAUUCAUAAUUGUUACCUGAACUACUUACCUACAUGUUUUCAAAUGGCUAUUCAUUUAAUUUUCUAGUAAACGAUAUAAUUUAAAUACAAAACGUUCCACAUCUGAUAGAAAUAUAAAAUAAUAUAGUGAUGUAUAUUAUACUAAUUAUGAUUGCAGAGUUUCAUUUAUUUUUUUACCAAAAAACUUAAUACUAUUAUUACCUAUAAAACGUUAGCUUACAAUUUUUCAGUAGAACUUUUUAAUUUUCUAUUCACAUACUAUACAAAACAGUUAUUGUGUCAUUAGCCACAACUUCCAUAUAUCAUUGAAUUAAAAAAAAAAAUCAAGAUUGCUCAUUGAUGAACAUAUUUACACACACACACACACACACACACACACACACACACACACACACACACACACACACACACACACACACACACACACACACACACACACACACACACACACACACACACACACACACACA